AUGCUCAUGCGUUUUCAUGGCGGUGGAAUAGGCCACAAGGAGUUAAAUGGCUACCUGAAGCUGUUUGAGAAGGAGGCAGGUCUUGACACCCAGGUGCUGCCUCAGUACGAUGACAAUGGCAAAGAGGUAUCCAAAGAUGUCAACAUGGAGGUGGAUGGCCCAGAUGGGCAUGUGCAUGAGGAUGAAGCUGUCCCACUGCCAGCCACGCUGGUCGAAGGCUCAGAACGCAACUCAAGUGAUGAAGACGAAGAUGAAUGGAAGGACAUACUAGACUUGAACUCGGAUGGGGGUGAUGACGAGGAUGCCAAGGGAUGUGAUGAAGAUGGAGAGUUACUAGGCAUAAAUAGGGAUCAUAUUCACAGCAAACUUUAA